AUGAUUAUCCCAAUACGUUGUUUCUCAUGUGGUAAAGUGGUAGGUGAUAAGUGGCAAACUUAUUUGGAUUAUUUACAAGAUGAAACCCUCAGUGAAGGUGAUGCUUUGGACAAAUUGAAAUUAAAAAGAUAUUGCUGUAGAAGAAUGGUGUUGACACAUGUUGAUUUAAUUGAAAAGUUUUUGAGAUAUAAUCCAUUAGAGAAGAAGGAUAUUAAUUAA